CAAUCCAUGGCAGGGGGGCAUUUCAGCGCAUAACACGUGUUACAAAAAAAAGUUGAGCCGGUCUUUUUCCAUUUCGUCAACCAAUCGGAGGGCUUGUGAUCAGUGUUUCUACUGUCGAUGCAUAUCGCCUUUUAAACCAACGCACGAGCGCGCAAUAAUCCUAGACAACUCAAUCCAGAUAUACUAAUCAUCAACAACAGCGGGUGUUCCGACUGUGGAUUAUAUUCUCCUUCAUUACAGUUUCACAGGAUUGUGUAGAUUUUUACUUCGUAGUGCUGGAACAUGGCUGAGGCCAGUGUUUCAGCACAGCGAGCUGAAGUACUCAUGGACCUUCUGGGGGAGGAGCUUACUAAACUUAAGAGGGCUUUAGAUUCUCAGUAUCAAUCUUCUCAAAUUGUAAGACCAGAUUUUCUGAGAGGAACCCGUAAUGUAAAUCAACAUCCCCCAGUUGAUGAAGUAAGGAAUUCUCUCUCAGAACUGAAAUGCAGAUUCAAGGAAUUCUGUGAGGAGGAAUUCAACAAAAUCCCUCCACAUGUGGAGGGCGUUCAGAGUUUCCCCACAGAGCCGCAGACCAGAGAAGAGUUUCUGAAAUAUUUCCGUCAUCUGACUCUGGAUCCCAACACGGCACAUCGAGAACUCGUUCGGUCUAAGAACAACAGAGUGAUGAGAUACAGUGAGAGAGAUCAGGGGUACCCUGAUCAUCCAGAGAGAUUUGACUCCUAUAUUCAUGCCUUGAGUAAGGAAAGUGUGUAUGGACGCUGUUACUGGGAGGUGGAGUGGACAAGUGACAUAGGUGUGGCCAUAGCAGUCGUAUAUAGGGGGAUCGGCAGGAAAGGAUGGGGUGACGACUGUAUGUAUUCACGUAGCAAUCAGGCCUGGAGUCUGGAGUUUCCCUCUGUGUCUUCUGUCUAUUUCUAUCAUAAUCACCAAGGGUCUGAGCUCAGAGCUCCAGCAUCCUCCAGAAUAGGAGUGUAUGUGGAUCACAGUGCAGGAACUCUGUCCUUCUACAGCAUCUCUGACACGAUGAAGCUCCUCCACAGAGUCAACACCACAUUCACUGAGCCACUGUAUGCUGCGUUUGCAUUCUACCCACGUGGUGGGUCUAAAUCAGGACGAAUUAUGAUGCUAUGUGAUCCACAAUAAUCAAGCUGUGCUGUUAUAUGAUCUGUAGUCUAUACAGAGGUAGCCCUUUCAAAUGGCUGCCCAAUCUGUGACAGGACCCUGACUAACCCAUGCUUGGAACCUGAUGCCCUGCAUUGGCACAUGAAUUUAGCUCCACCCCAUUAAUCUCAUAUGCUGUGUGCUUGGAAGCUGGGUUGCAAUGCCAUAUAUUUCUGCCAGGGGGAGCAGUGAUGGCUGCUUUAGGUUUUUGCAGUCUCAGUGUCUAAGUACUAGCCAUGAAUUAAGCUUAAACGGUCAGACAUAUUAUGCAGCGUGCCACUGGAAGUUACUGCAUUGUCUUCAUAUUUUAAUUAUUAUUUCAAAGAUGUCAUCUUGUUCCAUCAUCAUUAAUGGUGCACCAGCAGCCCCAUGAGAGCUCCAACAGCAAAACUGUAACGCUCAGGUUUUAUCUUUAAGCUAGUUACACUAAUACGGGUUCUAGAAUCAAACUUCCGGUGUUGCGCAACGUAGCCAAACAAGGAAAGACUCGACACAACAGUUCCAAGCAAAAACCCAAAAUGUAUUAAGUGAAAAACCAAACAAACAAAGGUGCACCAAAAACCAAUAUUUACAAAAUAUAUACAAAUAUAAAUACGUGUGUGCGUGUGUAUGAGUGUGCGAGUGAAUGAGAUAAAUGUCCAAAGUCCGGAUUAUUGAAAGCGGGUGUGUGUUGAGAGUGAUGAAUCGGUCUCACCGGCAGUAAUGAAAUGUUCCGGGAGCACGACAACGGAGUAAGAGGGUAGUAGAAAUGUCCGACAACGAUUAAUCCAAAAAACGGUAAUCCAAAGUGUCACGGUCUCCACUCUCUCUCUUAACAAAAUACAGCGCUGUUUACUCCUCAUCUCUCUCCUCCUCGCUUCUUCGCGGCAGCCCUUUAAAGGCGGACCCGGUGACCUUUUGCGUCACUGCCGACCUCUCGCUACCUGUUAGCGAAUUCUCGCGAGAGCCUCUUUUCGGGACCACCUCCUAUUGCUUGGGGUAAAACAACCCUAAAGGACACCUUAACGGGGCACAGCUGCUUUACCUCUAAGCUUUAGCCAUCUUUUCCCCCCCUUUAAAAGGCCCUUUAUGUGGCUGCGCUACAAAACAUUGAAUGCAGCAGCACAGGAGAGUAAAGAAGGAUAUAGCACAGCACAGACACAUUGACAACUGCAGAAAUACAUCAAAGAACAAGUAAACCAAUUCCUACAGCUGACCGAAAGAGAGAGAAAGAUGUGGUCAACAAACUCUUUUCAUUUAAGAAUUUAGAAAUAGAAAAUGUGGUGCACAGAGAAUAUUAAUGGGGAUGUCAACAUCAAGGAUCUGCAAAUAGAAGGAAUAGAUCAUUGGUUUUAGUAUAAAAUGAUUUAAAAUGUGCAUAUAUGGAAGUUGCAUAUAUAGUUGUUAUAUAGUAAACAAGCCCUCCUGAAUGAUUUUAGUCACAGAAACAAAUCCUAAUAUUUUGCUCUUUUAAAGUACAAUUUAAAAUCACUACAUUAAAAAUGAAACCGUUUAAUGAAACUUCUCAGUAUCAUGGCCAAUACAUCACAUCCCCUACACGAGUCACUGAUGUCAUACAGAAGCAUGUUCAGUCACAGACUACCAAAGUCUAAAACUGAACGCCACAGGACAUCAUUUAUACCAGUGGCAAUUAAACUCUAUAACUCCUCCCCCUUCAUUAGGAAGCUGUCAUGACCGAAUAAACAAUAGAACUCUAUCAUGCCCUGAUACACUGUGCAAUACUAUCACAAUAACAAUACCACAUGCAAAACCACUAAUUAUACAAUAUUAUACAAUAUAUAUAUAUAUAUAU